CUGUGAAAAAAGCUUAAAAAAUGGCUGAGAAACAAGAUUUUAAAGGCUCUAAAAAGUGUUUGUACGUUGAUGAAAUAGGUGGUUCUGAUGAUUUUGGUACUGGUUUUGUUGAAAAUCCCUUUAAAACGGCUGUUAAAGCCCUUGAAAUGGGCGAUCAAGAAAGUAUAAUAUAUGUUAAGAAAAAUGAAGGGGAAGAAUACAAGGAAAUUACACAGACAUCAUUGAAAAAAGCUAAGAAAUCGCUCUGCAUUCUUUUGAAGAAGAAGCAGAAGUUGAAUGAGUCAUUUAGUCAAAUGAAGGUUCAAGAUGAAUAUAGUGAAGAAACUAGGGGGUUAAAAAAUACAGAAAAUAUAGUUAUUGAGAAGGAUGAAAGGGUUAAUGAGGCUAUAAGAAUCAGGAUAAGUGAUUCUAAGCUUCAUAAAGAUGCAAUAGUUCAAGUAUCAGGAUGGAUUCAUCGUUUGAGGCAUCAGAAGGAGCUUAUUUUUAUUAUUCUUCGGGAUGGAACAGGAUAUCUUCAAUGUGUUUUAAGUGGAAAGAUUGCACGAACCUAUGAUUCGUUGACACUUACGCUUGAAACGACAUUAACGGUGUAUGGGAUGAUUACGUCUUUGCCAGAUGGGAAGGUAGCACCUGAUAAUCAUGAAUUGAAUGUUCUUUAUUAUGAAAUUAUUCAUAAGGCUCCUGGAGGAGAUCUUUCUUUUGCUAAUAAACUUAAUGUUGAAUCAGAAUCGCAAGUUAUAUAUGAUCAACGACAUCUUGUUAUUCGUGGAGAAGUAUCUAGUUCAGUUUUGAAAGUGCGUUCACGCCUUUUGUCUGCUUUUAGAAAGAUUUAUGAAAAAAUGGGAUUUGUAGAGGUAACACCUCCAUGUUUAGUACAAACACAGGUGGAAGGAGGUGCAACGUUGUUUGAUUUAAAUUAUUACGGAGAAAAGGCUUAUUUAACACAAUCGAGUCAGUUAUAUUUAGAAACUUGUUUACCGUCAUUAGGUUAUGUAUAUUGUCUUCAGGAGAGUUUUAGAGCAGAAACGUCUCAUACUAGACGUCAUCUUUCGGAAUAUUCUCAUUUGGAGGCUGAAUUGAUGUUUUUAUCGUUUGAUGAAUUUUUGAGUCAUUUAGAAGAUUUUCUAUGUCUUUCCAUUGAUGCUCUUUUGGAUGAUCCUAUUGCACGCCCUUUGAUAGAAUAUUUAAAUCCUGGUUUUGAGAAACCACAAAAGCCUUUUUUACGAAUGAAAUAUGAAGAUGCUAUUAAGUAUUGUAAUGAACACAAUAUUUUGAACACUAAUGGGGAGCUUCAUGUUUUUGGGGAUGAUAUUGCAGAGGCUGCAGAAAGAAGAAUUGUUGAUGAAAUUCAAAAACCUAUUUUUUUAAUACAGUUUCCUGCUAGCUUAAAAUCAUUUUAUAUGAAACGUACACCUGGAAAUGAAUCGUUAACUGAAAGUGUUGAUUUAUUACUUCCUGGCAUUGGAGAGGUUGUUGGUGGUAGUAUGAGGAUUUCAGAUUAUGAUGAGCUAAAAAAAGCGUUUGAAAGGGAAAAUAUUGAUUCAGAGCCAUAUUAUUGGUACCUUGAUUUAAGAAGGUAUGGCUCAUGCCCUCAUGGUGGUUAUGGAAUUGGUUUAGAAAGAAUUUUGGCAUGGCUUACAAAUAGAAAUACAGUAAGGGAGUGUUGUUUGUAUCCAAGGUUUACUGGAAGAUGUAAGCCAUAAGAAAUUGGAUAUUAUAUUUCUAUUAUAAAAUAUUUAAUCUUUGUAU